AUGCCUUCUCCUUCAGCUGUUGUCCCAAGUGUUGGGAUACAAGCUCUCAUUCUCUGCGGCCCUGGAGUAUCUUUAAACACAUUCACUACCAAUGAGGAGUAUCCCAAAGCAUUGAUUCCGCUGGCCAACAGGCCGCUAGUCUAUUACCAGCUCUCGUGGCUGAAAAAGUCUGGAAUUACCGACAUCACCUUGAUUACUCCUCCCUCGACUGCUGCUCCUCUACAAGCCGCGCUGCAACAAAACCCUCAUCUGACUUCCCUGCCAUCUCCGUCCCCGUCAGUCUUGGCGCCGAAGGGACUCGAUUUGAACAUGGGAACUGCGGAACUACUCAGACUGCCCGAAGUUCAAGCUUGCAUCAAGACCGACUUCCUUCUUCUCCCAUGCGACUUAGUCUGUGAAAUUUCUGGCGAGUCGCUUUUGGAAGCGUGGAUGGUUUCACAAAGCGCACUGGGAGGCUCAUCAACAGUAGUCGAAGGUCGCAAUGCUCACGGACCAACUUCUUCUGGGCCCGGCGGUGAGUUGGGUGGGCGCCGCGGCGGACUGACCGUCUUUUACCAGACACAAGAUCGUGAAGAAUCCGUCAAAGGUGAGGGAACGGAUUUCUUGGCUAUCGCGCCCCUCGAUGACGAUGAAUCUCCGGCUGUAUCACAUGCUGUUGAAGGACCUGCUGCCUUAAGGCGCAACCUUUCGAAGGUGGUUCUUUCAAUGCCGAUGGCGACGGUCAAGGAGAAAAUGGAGCAUGACAAGGGCCUGCUCCUACGCCAUUCUCUUGUCACGACACAUCCUCGCGUCAAGAUGCUCACCACGUUCCGAGACGCCCACCUUUACGUCUUCCCGUACUGGGUCAAAGAGUUGGCUCUCCGACAGGAACACUUCCAGUCAGUGAGCGAAGACCUUGUUGGAUUCUGGGCCAAAGCCGAGUGGCAGCGAGGCCUUGGUGAAAAGUUGGGCAUGAGCGAGAUCUUCAAUCGCGAGACCGGCCACAGCACCGAUAGCGCAAGCCACGACGGCGAGUCAAUAGAGGAGGAAAUUGAUCUUCUGGCUAUGUCUACAACAAGCUCCAGGCCAAACAUCAACGUUGGGAAAUCCACCACAACCACGGCCUUUGCAUCUAGGGUCUCCAAUGCUCCCCCUUCAACUCAAACGGAGCCCUUGAAAAUUCCGCGGCUCCUGGCCUAUGUUCAGCGGGGCUCUGCGCCAUUCGUACGCCGCGUUGACAGCAGUGCAAUUCUGCUCUCGACAUCUCUUCGACUCGCCAAGCUCGAGUCUAUUGAGGAGGCUGGUGCUGCCGCUUCACCAUUCGCUCUUCCUCAGAAGAUUGCCAACCCCGAUGGUGUUGCGCAACGGACAACGAUCACCAAGGCCGAUUGUCUGGUGGGUGAGAACACCACCGUCGAGUCCAAAUGUGUGAUCAAGGAGAGCGUGAUCGGUGCCAAUGUCAAGAUCUGUUCCGGGGCCCGUCUACAAAGAUGUCUCAUCAUGGACGGCGCUGUUGUGAACAGUUCCUGUACCCUCACCGGCUGCAUCGUGGGUCGCCGGGCCGUGAUUGGCAAGGACUCUGUCCUGAAGGAUUGCGAAGUCGGCGAUGGCUACCUUGUCGAGGAGGAGACGGAUGCCAAGAACGAGAAGUUCAUGAUCUUCGAGGGGCUGGAAGAUGAUGAAGAUAUGGGUAGCGCUGACGAUUUUGAUGGCGAGGAUGGCCUGGGGUUUUAA